UUUCAAGAUGGCGCCUGUUCUACUCAAAUUUGUCGUAUCUUUCAGUUCUCAAGAUGAUGUUCACAGGGUUCAAAAUUUACUUAAUGUUAAUGAAUGUAAAAAAUGGUUGUCACAUCGAAAAGAAAGAUCAGGACAAAUUGAGGCCAUUCUACAGCUGGAAGAUUUUUGUUAUUUAUCUAAUAUUGAUAUUGGUUCUAUUUGGUGUGGUAAUAUAGAGAUACAGGUUGGACGAUCUGAUUGGCCACAAGAUACUGCUUAUCGUACCCUCACCCCAACAGCUAGUUUAAUGACACCAUUAGACAGUAAAACAGGCAAAAAUUCAACAAAAGCAAGAAUGUUUGCGAAAGCUGAUUUUGUUGAUAAUGUUGUCUCUGAAAAAUGGGAUCGGAUCAAAGUAAUACUUCGACAACCGUACCGUAAAGAUGUUCAGUUUGGAUUGGCAUUUAUUAAAGUUCAGUCUUCCUCUAAAAAUCCAGUAGCUGUAAAUGUGAACAGCAGGAAAAAGAUUGAAUUUUCGACUGUAUCAGAAAAUAAACGAGUGAAAAUGAUACAGAAACAUUUCUUUGGAUCACAGCUAGAUAGAGAUUCUCCAGAAGAUCCAUUAAAGGAAAAGCUAAUGAAGAUAUCUUCUAGUAGCGAAUCAGGAGUUGGUGUAGCUUUGUCAAGAACAGCUAAACUUGUUCUAGCCGCCACCGAAAAUACAGAUAAUAAGUUUAGUCCUGCUAAUAGAGCCAAAGAAACAAACAACACCACAGCAAGACGUGAUCUUUUCUCUGAACACAUGGAACAAAAGACAUCACCUGCGAUUGAAGAGGAAAUAGUGAAUUUUUUGUUUGAUCAGAAAUUAUCACCCAUGGAUUUAGAUUUGGUCACUGUAGCAGAUUUGAGACAUAAACUUGAGAAAAUAAAGAAAAGAAAACUGACCAGUGAAGAGAAAAAAAUCUUUAUGAAUUAUUGUCAGUCAUAUUUAGUGGAACUGCUUGAUGGUGAUAUUAGAUCUGUUCCAGUUACCACAAGUCCUUUAGACGUGUCACGAAAACAUGACUCGUGUUCACCAGCCUCAUCACAGGAGAAACAAACAGAUUCAGCCGAGAGCACAUUAGAUGAAAUUUUAUCAAAGAAUCAAACACUUCUGAAUUCUGCUAAAAAAUUAACGUCCAAUCGUGCGGGAAAAAAAGAUAAUUGCAUUCGUAAAGACAAUGAUUGUUUGUUAGUAAAUCAAAAUGUGACUUCAAAUGGUGCCAACAUGAAUUCCACGACACCUAAAACCACAAAGAGUAUUUCAAUUAAAGAACAAAUGAAAAAGUCAGAAGAUACCAACUUAUCGUCUAUUAAGAAGAAGUACGAAUUCAGUGAAACUUUACAAAAUCGUGUGAAAUCAUCUACCUCUGCACAGACUAGCGAUAAAAAUAUAUUUGAUUUGUCUACUACUGAUAGUGAUAGUGAUUUAGCCGCCCAAAAUUCUAAAAAUAGCAAUAUCGAUUAUAAAUCAAAGUUAUCUUCCUAUAAACCUUCAUCAGGAGAAUUACCACCCAAUGCUACAAAGCCCAGAACGUUAUGGUAUAUGGGAAUUUGUCACGAGUUGAGCUCACCAGCACCGACAACACAACCAAAAAGUGCUGCAAAUAAAUCAGUGAAUAAUAAACGUAAACGAAAAGAUUCUGGUGAUAUUUGUUUGAUUGAAGAUGAUGUCACAAUUAUUCCUAUAAGUAGUAAACGAGGGAGAGGGCGUGGUCGAGGAAGGGGGCGUGGUCAAACCAAGACACCUAGUAAAGAAAGUUUGAUGGAUAAUGACUGUAUAUUAACAGAUGGUAUCUGGUUGAGUGCUGGUAUUGGUUAUCAACUUGGUUCAUGUUCUUCAUCUAGUCCAAGGACAUCUCCAUCGGUUUCCGCAGGUUUAUCUACAUCUACGGAUGAAUCAGAACAAAAUAUGGCAACUUGUUCAGUUUGUAACGCUAAGAUCAAAGAUUACUUGCUGGAUCAUCACUUUAUCCAGUGUUCAGCUAAAGCUCGUCUGUCAGAGAUUGAAAUUCCACCAUUGCCAACAUUUGCUUUUGAGAGUGCAGUCUCCAAGAAAUCUCGAGCUAAGGGUACCAAAAAAUCCACAAGGACCAAUAAUUCAGUUGAUGUAGCUUCCAGUUCUAACAUGAGUGCUUCUAUAUCUCAUAUAAGUAGUGAUUCAUUAGUGAACAAUAACUCCCCUGUGAUUAAUUCGAACGGUUAUACCCCUGUGAUUAAUUCGAACGGUUAUACCCCUGUGAUUGAUUUGAACGGUAAUACCUCUGUGUCGCGUAUCAGUCCAUCAUGGUCGAACAACAAUGUAUCAAGACAUGACAAUAGUUCUGUGUUAAUACAAGAUGAUUCAGAUGUGUUUAUAUCAUGUCCUGUCUGUACUGAGAUGUUCCCAGCUGAUAUGAUAACAAUUCAUACAAAUGCAUGUUUAGAUAAGCUAUGAACAGUGUGGUGAUCUGAUACUGGUUGUUAGGAUCUUUGAAGCAACAUGGACAGAUACUGUUUGUUAUAAACUGUGAAGUAACAUGGACGGGUUGUUAUAAUCAGUGAAGUAACAUGGACGGGUUGUUAUAAUCAGUGAAACUACUAGAAACAACAUGGAACAGAGACUUCUUGUUAUAAACUGUAAAACUACAGUACGGCCGUCACGAUGGUUUGACGGGACACGAUAUUACCGUGUUUUUUAUCGUGGAAUUCUGUGAUUUACCGAGUGAACACCGAGCGAAUAUCGAGUGACACGAUAGCACUGCCUCGGUGUUGGAAACACGGUGUGACUCGGUGUUUUAAUUAAACCAUGCCUCUGAUCGUUUAUUUUAGGAUGAAGUACAUGUAGAGCUAUACAUUGUUAUUAUAGAUCACUUAAUGUGUUGGUAGCUACGUGUGAAGAUUGGCGUUCGCGUUUCUUUGAUCUGUUAUAUCAUGGACCGUAUAUAGGGUUAUAUCACAGGGUAAUUCUGUUAUUUAAACCCGGGUAUUGUCAUCUUUUAAACAGAAAUAUGCUUAUACCGAUACAUUAUUACUUCAUUAAUAUGUUCGACAUUUGUAAGACUUGCAUCGAUGGACCAUUACAAAUUCAAUCAAAUUACUGAAAAAUUAUAACAUGACACCAAUAUAUGCUAGUCUUACCGGGGGCGUAGAUUUAUCCAUCUAAAUAGUAAUUCACAUACUGAUAAAUAAUUCUGGUUUAAAUCACAAAUAAAUUAAAAGCUUUUGUCUCCUGAUAUGUAAUCACACAAAGU